GCGGCGAGGCGGCGAAGGUGAUGGCGACGCGGGGCCCAUGAGGCGGCGGCCGGCGGGACGGGCCGAGGCCCGGCGGAGGAGGAGGCUUCGGGGACGCCCACCGCCGGGCAUGCUGAGAUUGCAGAUAUAUGGUAUCAGGAGUUCCCUAAGGAUUGAAUUACGUUGUCACGCCUGUGCUGCUCACUGAACCAUCUUACUGGCUUCCUGGGGGGCUCCCAGUCAAGUUGAGGUGACAAGAUAAAAAGUUGAGGCACUCGUAAUAAUCAUGAUAAUGUGUUUGGUUUGCCUUGAGUCCAGACACAGCUCUCAGGACUUGAGAGACUUUGGGAAAGUAACCAACAAAAUACCAUUUCUGAAAGAAGGUUUUGGGUAACAAGUUCUGGAUAACAGGGCAAACCAAUUCCAUCACCAUGAGUUGGAGCUUCCUGACUCGCCUGCUAGAGGAGAUCCACAACCAUUCAACAUUUGUAGGGAAGAUCUGGCUCACCGUGCUGAUUGUCUUUCGAAUUGUCCUGACUGCUGUAGGAGGAGAGUCCAUCUACUAUGACGAGCAAAGCAAAUUUGUGUGCAACACAGAGCAGCCAGGCUGUGAGAACGUCUGCUAUGAUGCCUUUGCACCGCUUUCCCACGUGCGCUUCUGGGUGUUCCAGAUCAUCCUGGUUGCAACUCCCUCUGUGAUGUACCUGGGAUAUGCUAUUCAUAAGAUUGCCAAAAUGGAGCAUGGUGAGGCAGACAAGAAGGCGGCUCGGAGCAAACCCUAUGCCAUGCGUUGGAAACAGCACCGGGCUCUGGAAGAAACGGAAGAGGACCAUGAAGAGGAUCCUAUGAUGUAUCCAGAAAUGGAGCUAGAAAGUGAAAAAGAAAAUAAAGAGCAGAGCCAACCAAAACCGAAGCAUGAUGGCCGGAGACGAAUUCGGGAGGAUGGGCUCAUGAAAAUCUAUGUGUUGCAGCUACUGGCCAGGACUGUGUUUGAAGUGGGCUUUCUAAUAGGACAGUAUUUCCUGUAUGGUUUUCAAGUCCACCCAUUUUAUGUGUGCAGCAGACUUCCUUGUCCUCAUAAGAUAGACUGCUUUAUUUCUAGACCCACUGAAAAGACCAUCUUCCUUCUGAUAAUGUAUGGUGUUACAGGCCUCUGCCUAUUGCUUAACAUUUGGGAGAUGCUCCAUUUAGGGUUUGGGACCAUUCGAGACUCACUGAACAGUAAAAGGAGGGAGCUUGACGAUCCGGGUGCUUAUAAUUAUCCUUUCACUUGGAAUACACCAUCUGCUCCCCCUGGCUAUAACAUUGCUGUCAAACCAGAUCAAAUCCAGUACACCGAGUUGUCCAAUGCUAAGAUUGCCUACAAGCAAAACAAAGCCAAUAUCGCCCAGGAGCAGCAGUACGGCAGCCACGAGGAGCACCUCCCGGCUGAUCUGGAGACUCUGCAGCGGGAGAUCAGGACGGCUCAGGAACGCUUGGAUCUAGCCAUCCAAGCCUACCAUCACCAGAACAACCCCCAUGGUCCUCGGGAAAAGAAGGCCAAAGUGGGGUCCAAAUCUGGCUCCAACAAAAGCAGUGUUAGUAGCAAAUCAGGGGAUGGGAAGACCUCCGUCUGGAUUUAAUCUUGGUUGGGCUUAAAACUUGGGUUUUCAUAGUUUAUGAUAAGCAGCGGCUCGCUGAAUAAUGACUUCCAUUGAGUAAACAUUUGGCUCUGGUUAUCUUCAGGGAUGCUGUUGGCUCAUGAUCCAAACUCAGGGGACUCUGAAGGUGGAGCUGGGAUGAGUGGGGAAAGGGAAACACAGUGUUCCCAGGCACAUGUUCUCAGCAAUAAUACAGUUGCAGAACUUUACAUUGUGUCUUCCAGAUCCAGAGAAGAACAGAUCUAUUUAAAUCAUUCUGUUGAACAGUUUUUGUAUGUACAGUAUUAUGGUACAUUUUUUUAGUAUGAUAACUUUUUUUUUUUGUAUUUGUACAUUGGACUGCUGUAGUUAUACUUUUUUAUAUUAAAGGAAAAAUCCUUGUAAAUAAUGCCUGUUAAAAGCUAGCGUUAUUGCUUUGUUUAGCAAACGUUACCUUGUGAUUAGAAUUGUAGUAGAUGCUACACUUAAUAAAAGUGCCUCUCGUGUUUUGGGAAA